AUGCAGCUCAAGCGAAAGCGUUCCGAAUCCGAGCUCUCCAGCUCCUCUAGCCCCUUCGGCUCGCCUUCGCGACCAGAGCAGCUCACUAUGAUGGAUAUGGACAGCAUGGCCAACGUAUCACCUAUUCGUUGUACGUCACGAAGCUCGACGCCUUCCCACUUACACAGCCGCACCUUGAAACGGUUCCGCAAUAGCCGUCCUUCGGACGAGGAAAUCCACGAACGUACCUUAAACAUGCUAUAUACCGCCCAGAAACAGCACAUUGUCCACCAGCAAAACUCUCCUUUCGCCAGCCUUCCCACACAGCCUCAACCUCAGCCUGCACAAAUGCCAUCACAAGGAGCCCAGGCGUCACUCCACAGCUUCUGGAAACUCCCUAAUGCAACAUCUGCUUCAAACACCUCAGUUCCACCUCCCGUCGAUCACGUGGUGUAUGACGGUCCUACCAAUUGCGAAGAUUGCGGACAGACAUUACACGAAGGUGUAGGCGAAGACUCAAUGGACGUAGACGGCUUCUGUUCAGAUGUCGAUACAAGCUGUGGAGGGUGUGGGAAGCACGUGUGCUCGCACUGCUCCAUCACCAACCUAGGUGAACAACGAAAGUGCUUGAUAUGUGCUGGGAGGAAGGUCUGGGUCGGCGGUCUUGGAUGGGCUGGUGUCUCGGGUAUCAAGGUCUACUAA